UUUAUUUUUUUUACUUAUUGUAAGUGUAUCGAACACAAUUUAUUUGUAUUUGUGCUUGUACACGUAUUUUCCAAACAAAAAAGUAUGAGAUAUGAAAGAAAGACAAUGAUAUGAGAUGAAGAAAUUAAGUUGAACAUAUGGCACAUAUCUUUUCAUUACGCACACGGCACAUAAAAUUCCAAUUCCAAUUCCACACAUAGGUGUGUUCCGAGGACCACAAACGUGACCUUUACGAAGAAAUUUUACAACAAGUGUACAUGGUCCAAUCUAAGCUUAAAUAAAAAAUUUGUGACGUAAACCGGUAUCCACGCAAAAAAUUAAUUUUUGGAAUCUUGUAAGACUUAAAUGUAAGUUUAAUUUAUUUUAUUGCAACCGAAUUACCAUGCUAGCCAGUCUUUAUAUAUCAAGACAAUUCGAAAACACUCAUCAUCAUUUUCCUUCUCCGUAGAAAAUUUUGAACAAGAUAUUAUAGUCUCACCCAAAGGUACAUUCACCGCAGGUUUCUACCCGGUUGGCGAAAAUGCUUAUUCUUUUGCAAUAUGGUUCACUCAAAAAUACAAAAAUCUCACCAACGCUGCCACCAUUGUUUGGAUGGCAAAUCGUGACCAACCGGUAAAUGGAAAACGCUCGACACUUUCCCUUCUUAAAACAGGCAACGUCAUCUUAACCAACGCAGACUAUUUCAUCGUUUGGUCAACAAACACUAACUCAUCAAAACCACUUGACUUGUUUUUGUAUGACACAGGAAAUCUCGUUCUCAGAGAGCACACCACAAAUGGUUUCAUUUUGUGGCAAAGUUUUGAUUACCCAACAGAUACCCUCCUUCCUGAACAAAGUUUCACAAGGUACAUGAACCUUGUUUCCUCCAAAAGUGACAAUAAAUAUUCCUCUGGCUACUACAAACUCAUUUUUGACAACGACAAUGUUCUUCGCCUUCUAUAUGAUGGCCCUCAAGUUUCCAGUAUUUACUGGCCAUAUCCUUGGCUUGUGAGUUGGGAUGCAGGUAGAUCCACAUACAAUAGUAGUAGGGAAGCAAAAUUAGACGUUUGGGGGAACUUUAGCUCUUCCGAUGAUUUCACUUUAACGACAAGUGAUUAUGGAACAAUUCUUCAACGAAGAUUGACCCUUGAUUCUGAUGGUAAUGUUCGUGCUUAUAGCCGAAAACAUGGACAUGAGAAGUGGUUGAUUUCAGGGCAAUUCCACCAACAACUUAUCAAAAUACAUGGAAUUUGUGGACCAAAUAGCAUUUGCAUUACCAAUCCAAGAACCGGUAGAAAGUGUUUGUGUAUUCCUGGUUAUAGAAGGAUUGAUAUUCAAGAUUGGUCACAAGGGUGCAAACCCAACUUCCAACUUUCAUGCAACAACAAAACCAAGUUAGAGACUCGAUUCCAACGAUUACACCAUGUUCAUUUUUAUGGAUACGAUUAUGACUACCGAGCAAAUUAUACUUAUAAACAAUGUAAGCAUUAUUGCAUGCGGAUGUGCCAAUGCAUAGCCUUCGAAUAUCGUUUCGUGAAUGACCAAGAGAUGCCUUACUGCUAUCCUAAGUCACAAUUACAAAAUGGGUUCAGUUCACCAAAUUUUGAAGGAUCAAUCUUCUUGCGAUUGCCAAAAGGAAAACAAGUUUUUUUCCACGAGAAUGAUAUAAAAAAUGGUAGCUUGAUUUGUUCGAGAAAUAAUGGAUUAAAACAACUAAGAAGACCAUACAUCGAAGGCAAAGAAAAUGAACCAAUGAAGUUCAUGUUUUGGUUUACGAUUGGUUUGGGGUUAAUUGAGGCAUUGUGCUUCUUUAUGAUAUGGUGCUUCUUAUUUAAGAACAGGAAACCCUCUGUUAUAGACAAUCAAGGCUAUGUUUUUGCAGGAACCAUAGGAUUUCGAAAAUUCACUUACUCUGAACUAAAACAAGCAACAAAAUGUUUUAGUCAAGAGAUUGGAAAGGGUGCUGGAGGAACUGUGUAUAAAGGUUUAUUAUCUAAUAAUCGUGUUGUGGCUAUAAAGCGGCUACACGAAGCAAACAAAGGAGAGAGAGAAUUCCUUGCUGAAAUUAGCAUCAUUGGAAGGCUAAAUCACAUGAAUUUGAUUGGUAUGUGGGGGUAUUGUGCGGAGCGAAAACACAGAUUGCUGGUUUUUGAGUACAUGGAAAAGGGUUCUUUAGCUGAUACUUUGUCAUCAAAUGCACUUGAUUGGGCUAAGAGGUAUCAAAUUGCUGUUGGAACUGCAAAAUGUCUUGCAUAUAUACACGAAGAAUGUUUGGAGUGGAUUUUGCAUUGUGAUAUAAAGCCCCAAAACAUACUAAUUGACUCUGAUUACCAACCCAAGGUAGCCGAUUUUGGGUUGUCUAAGCUACUACAAAGGAACAAUCGUGAUAAUUCAGGUUUUUCGAGGAUGAGAGGAACAAGAGGUUACAUGGCACCUGAAUGGAUUUUCAACUUGCCAAUUACUUCCAAGGUGGAUGUUUAUAGUUAUGGAGUUGUGGUGCUAGAGAUGAUUACCGGAAAGAGUGCAAUGAUUAGUAUCCAAAUCACAGAUGGAGAAGAGUCUCACAACGAGAGUUUAGUAACAUGGGUGAGAGAGAAAAGAAGGAAAGUAUCAGACAUGAGAUCUUUUGUGGAACAUAUAUUAGACCCUACAUUGGGAUCAAAUUAUGACAUGGUUAAAUUGGAGACUUUAGCAGCGGUUGCUUUGGACUGUGUUGAGGAAGAGAAAGACAUGAGACCCAACAUGAGUCAAGUUGUUGAGAGGCUCCAAAUUCAUGAACACGAUUCUUGAUGAUAUCCAGUUAUCCACAAAGAAAAGUCAUCUCUUAUUGCUACAAUUAGUUUUUGUGUUUAUCUUCAUAAUUCAAAUUACUAAAUAAAUAUGUGCUUUGGCACGGGUGGUGUGUUCCGCGCGUUUGUGUGAAUUAUAAUAAAAUAACAGAAAAAAUAAAAUAUAUUUCAUAAAAAAAAUUAAAGUAUCAUAGCAUAGAUUUUUCAACAAUAACAUAACAUUUAUAUAUUACAUAUUUGACCUAAAAUAUAGAUUAGAAAGACAUAAAAAAAAAGACAUAAUCAAUGGUUGUGUAAAAAUUAAAGCUUGGUAACUUAAGUUUGAAGUUAACCGGAUGACAAACUUGAAAUUCAAAAUAUCUCCGACAAGAGUUUUCUGAAUUUUGAUGGAUUGAUCACUUUUGAUUCGAGAUCGGAAAUUAGUGUCUAGUGGCGUCUUUAUGGGUCUUUCUAAGAAUGAGAUUAGAAGUGAAACUCUACUAGGUGCAGUGGCGGAGAUGCCACCCGUCAUGCCCUGGCACGUGCCCGGGCUGCCCCACCCCCAAUAUAUAUAUUUUUUUAAAAAAAUUAAUAAAAGAAACAAAACAAAAGAAAAUGAAGCAAUGAGUUUCCGUUUCCCAUUCUCUCUGUCUCGUUCAUUCGUUUCUCUCUCUCUAGCCAUCGACCACCGCUAUCAAAUCCGCUCUCAAAUCUCUCUGUUUUUCAGCGAUGAAGAUUAUUAAGACUAAAUUGCGCAACAAGAUCAACGACAAAUGGUUCAAUGACUUGAUGAUAUGUUACACCGAGCGGGAGAUAUUCAAGUCAUUUGAUGACGUUGAUAUCAUCCGAACCUUCACCGCAAAAAGAUCUCAGAAAGGAUAUUUGCCUCCUAAUUUUAUGUAGUAACUAUUGGUAUGUUAUAUUUUAUCUCUCUUUAUGAAUUUUAAUUAUCAAGUGCUCUCCUUUUCUAUUUUUUGCUGCUGUAUAUGCCUUGUUUUCCCUGUUAUGCUGGUUUGCUUAUUGAGGUGGCAGUGAGGUUUCUUUGAUUUGUAUAGAAAAUAUGGGUGGGCUUAAGUGUGUUCUUGUCUUGAGCCUUUUGUAUAGUUAUCAUUUCCUUUUUGUUGUAAUCCUUUGUACUCUGUGAUGGACUAGCAUUUCUUGUGCUGGUUCAUUCUUCAAUUCAAUAUAUUUAGCCAUUUU